CUUCAUUGACUAUUACGAGUAGGUCCUUGGCUAGUGUUGCUAAUAAUUCACAAAAUAGCAAUGGGAAAGAAGGAUUCGGAACCAAAGCAUGGAGAAAUACCUUACUUAUUUGUCUCGCAGGAUUCGCCUGGUAUCAUCUUGAUCGCUAUCUUACAAAAAAUGGGGAGGUGAAACAUCCGAUCACAGAGAUUAUCGAAUCUCUUAUGACUCCAGAUUCAGAAUGGAAACGGAUUAAUUCAGUUAAUAGAAAAACAGCAAAUAUUUUAGCAAAUGACAGACUCUUGUUUGGAGAGGCUAAACGGCCUCCAAUUCAUAGACUGAUGCAUCCAGAAUGCUUUGAAAGAACUAGUCCGUUUCUAAUUGAGCCUGGAACUGAUGUUGAUUUAUCAGAUUUAUUAAAUGAAAAUCGAAUAAUAAAAUCGAGCAAUAGAAUAUCUGAUGACGUGAAAGGGAUAAAGGGUAAAAUUUAUAAAUCACCUACACAUAUUUCAAUGUAUCUCUUGUUGAAGGAUUUCAUGAUAGAAU